AUGGCCGCGUCACAUGAGAAUGGCGUGCAGACCACCGAUCCAAUGCAGCUCCUGCCCUCCGAGCUCGUGCUCCGGAUUCUCGAAUUCACACCAGCGUCAGGCCUGGCAGCUCUCACGCGACUAAACAGAUCUUGGAAUACCUUCAUCGACCACACACAUCAGGAGGCCAUCUAUUCUCACCCAUCAAAGACGAACCACCCUCCUGGUGCCAAGGACUUUCAGUUCCUAUCAAGCUACAAGACUUACUCUCGGUAUUUUUCCAACGUCGAAUCCUGGAAAGUUCUCUGCCGACGUCAAACCUUGCUCUCCAGGAACUGGCUGAAGGAGAUCCCGGAAACCCGCGAGACUCUGGUUGGCGUCAGGAAUGGAGCAGUAUGGCGUUUCCGUCCGGACUUCAAGAGACGCUUCUUCUUGAACACUUCCCAGAUGGGAGGCCUGGAUGUCACGGAUAUGGACACCGGAGAGCUACUCUUUCGACUUGAUGCAGAGACAGUCCGCCCUUUCGCCCAUCUGGAAUAUCAGGAUGGUACCGCUGUCUGGGACAAGGUAGACGACGCAUUGGAGGUGUGGCGAACGGAUUUAGAGGGCUGCACUCGAGGUUGCUUCAGACGAGUUGCGGUCCUCCCUCACGACCGACAGACAAGAGGAUUCCAACUAUCGUAUGACACCUUAUGCGUCGUCUCCUCAGAAUGUCGCGGCUUCGUCUAUGACAUGAAGGGCACACCGGAACUGCAAAGGACCAUCGAAAUCGAGGAGGGCGCUGUGGGCCAUCUUGACCAAUGCGAAGACGUUGUGGUGUUUUCACUCGGAUUAGCAGGAUAUCACUUCUACGAGAAAGCCUCUGGACGGUUUCUUGGUACUCUGGAUCCCACAGAAUGUGAAAAUUUACAUCACAUCAUACAUCCGGCCAGCGAUGAAGAAAUCACCUUUGGGUACAAUGGAGUAUCUACAGAUGAAGUUUCGAAUGUCAUGGUGCCCCGGCAUAUACGAUUUCGUCAGCUAGUGCCUCUGAAAAUCUCUGUCGGCGGAUAUCCAAGAGAAAUGGAGGAAGGCAUCUCGCUGGAGGAAGAUGAAUGGGGCGCCGGAAUGAUCUGCGGUAAUCUCAUGGUCGGCGUAUCGCGCGGAGGAAGGAUCUUUGCGUGCUCCAACUGGCGUAGUGCCUUGCAAAGUCAUCAAGGUCUGGUCGACAACUCGGCAAUCGUGGAGUGCGAUAGCAAUGGAUCGACUUUUGAUCUCGGUGGCUGGCUCUCUGUUCGAGACCAUAGGAUGCUUUGCGAAGUCAAAGAGAAGGUGUACGUUCUUGGCUUGACAGACGAUGACCAAUUCGUCUCUUCUGACCGAAAGACUGCACAUCCAUCCUUUGCCUUUGGAAAAAGUAUGGCGUCCCUGUUUGGAGCGCCGGUAAGCUUCAUGGCUUUUUAUGAUGAUUGUAUCAUGACGACCUACACGGUAGGUAGCCUGACUUCCAACAUUGAUGCGUAUACAUGACAUUCACUGACCUGGCCAGACACUUCGCUACGUCGAGGAGCCGGCACCUCAGAUUUUCGGGCAUCAACAGCCUGUCACGAGGACGCUGCCCACCAAAGCGAUUCGUAUCGUGAGCCUUGCGCCAAGAUUGAGCGAUGGACAUGAGGAGCAGCGGCAAGAGGGACGCCCGCCAACCUCCGAUGGAGUAGUGCAUGGAAUAGGCUCCGAAGAGCUGAUCGCCAUGCUCGAUGGAGCAGGUAAUGUCGAAGAAGUGUCCGAUGACGAGGAAGGAAACCAAUUCUUUGUGGAUGCCGAGGAGAAUGACGAUGAUCUGGUCUGA